GUGUGUGUGUGUGUGUGUGUGUGUGUGUGUGUGUGUGUGUGUGUGUGUGUGUGUGUGUGUGUGUGUGUUUGAUGAGUGGAGGGUGAUGGGUGGGUGGAGCGCUACACAUUAAGUCGACAAGAUAUCAGGUGUUCAUAGGAGGAUGGCGGACGUUUUGCAGCAUGUUCUUCUAACCAUGGUCAUUGCAGGGUUCCUAGUCUGUGGUUCCGGGGCCUGGUACGUCAAAAUGCCGAGCCACAUCAAAGCCCUGUGGAAGUCCUGUCUGGUGAUCCCCUGCAGCUUUGACUACCACCAGUCCCCCCCCAAGGUCCCAGGCCGUGUUGUGUGGUACCAGUACGCCCGGUCCGGCUACCCUCUGGUCUACGAUGCUUGGUACAAUAGGAAGGUCAUUUCAAAGUUCUCCGGGAAGACCAGUCUCGUGCGUCACGGGCCCCGGGACUGCAGCCUCCAGAUCUCCCGAGUGGACAGCAGCCUCCACAUGGAGAAGAUCUACACCUGGGUGGACCCGGAGAACGUGGGGUGGAAAACCUACAAGUUCUACGACACCACCGUCACCAUCCAAGUGGAGCAGACAGCCGAGCCCCCAAAGAUUAGUAUCUACGGGGAGAUGAAGGUCGGCCAGUCAGUGACUGUCCAGUGCAGUGUGGUCCACACCUGUCCCACCUUCCCUCCCACCCUGAAACUCAACAUCGGAUCCGAGGGGUCCAAAGUGGCCACCGAGUUGCUGCUGGACGGCACGGCCCGGACCACCCUCACCGUCUCCCUGCACAUCCAGAGCGACCAGCAGAGAGUGGGCUGCUCCGUCCGCCAUCAUGGAGGUCUGGAAGCCGCGGCGUCUGGUAGCGUUGAAGCGGAGUGCUCCUUCCAGCCUCUGCGCAUCGUGCCGCCGUCAGACCGGAUGUUUCCAGAGGGAAAGGUGAGCAGUGUCUCCUGUUCCGUGGAGUACAGCUGCCCCAAACACGUGCCCACCCUCACCUGGAACUAUCGGUCCAUGCCGUCCACCCUGACAGUCUCCAUGGUUGGGGUGGGCCGCUGGAGGGCGCAGUCCGAGCUGAACUUCACCGCGGCUGCCCAGUACCAGGGUCGACCGCUGACCUGCGUCGCACGCUUCACAGGCGGGCGCCGGCAGGAGGAAAGCAUGACCAUAGAAGUCAAGAGGUCCAUACUCUCUCGUGGCUGGUCCUACGAGACCCCUGGUAGCAUCAACGGCCUGGUGGGCUCCUGCGCCGUGAUCCCCUGCUCCUUCACCUACACCUCCACCCGGCCAUCGGGCCUGGAGGUGAAGUGGUACCUGCUCCAGCCCGACGCAGACCCACAGGUGUUUCCCCAGAAACAGGGCAUGGCCGUCAAGUACGCCGGGAGAACCAGUUUGCCUGGGUCGGUGUCCCAGGGGAACUGCAGCCUGUAUAUAGAGAGGCUGGAGAUGUCCCUCGACCAGAACCGACUCUACCCCUGGGUGGAUAAGAACCCAAUCACGUCCUACCAGGAUCACAACCUCUACGAUAGAACCUCUCAGCUCCGGGUCACAGAAAUCGCUCAACAGCCACAGGUGAAAAUGAACGGUGUUCCCUGGGUGGGAGAAGAGAUGAAAGUAUUCUGCAGUGUCCGGCAUUCCUGUCCAGCCGCACCCCCCAACCUCACCCUAGACGCUGAACCAUUGGGCCGAACAGGGGGGCGACUCUCGGAGACAGAGGUUUCCCACGGCGUGUGGGAGAGGACGCUCGAACUCACCUGGACGGUGCGGGAGGAGGACGUUGGAGUGGUCUGCACUGUGCGGCACCCUGGGGGUCAAACGGCCAAGACCAACCACCGGAUGAAGGCCGAAUGUCCACUUCAUGAGAUCAAAAUGUCCGAGGAGCCGGGGGAGUUGAUGGAGGGCGUGGCGAGGCAUGUGACCUGCUCCGUUUCCUACAUCUGCAAAAAGCCGAACCUGGCCAUCACCUGGAACUACAGUGACAUGCAGAGCUCCAGAACCACCCUGGAGACCUCGGGCAACACGUUUAAUACCACGUCCAUCCUAACCUUCGUUCCCAGUCUUGAGGACGAUGGUAAAGUCUUGACCUGCACCGCCCAGUUCACCCCUGGCGGUACCUUCUCAGCCUCCUCAAGCCUACGUGUGAAAAAAUAUAAGCAGCGGUUUGUGACGUUGGACAAUAUAGAUAACAAAUCCACAAUCCUGGCUGCUGAUGUCCUGCCCAAAAUCACAGCGUUACCUCGCUCCUGCGUGGUGAUACCCUGCUCCUUCCAGAUGCCGGACCACCUCAAGACUGGACUGCGGGGCAUCUGGUACAACCGGGAAGGGGGCCGUGUCUACCACGGGGGCCAGAGCAAGGUGCUGACCCAUUUCAAGGGCCGCACUAAGUUACUGGGCACUGUCGGCCAUGGAAACUGCACCCUGGAGAUCAAUGACAUCAAGCCUUUCGACAACGGCCCCUUCUGUUUCCGUGCCGAAGCUGUAUCUGGCGAGGCCAAAUACAGCUUCAACGACAGUUGUGUGUUUAUCGUUAUGCAAGCGUCCCCAGAACGGCCCCGGCUGACGGCCGCUCCAACCGACGUCGACGCGGGAUCAGUGAUCAACGCGACCUGCUCCGUCAACCACACGUGUCCCUCACAACCGCCCGUCCUGACGUGGAGCCACCCCACGAACACCGCUGUGAUCGGGCACACCUGGAUGGGACAGGGCGUCUGGGAGACCUCCUCCACCGUGACUCUCAUCCCUGAAUGGGGAGAUGGAACCAAGCACCUGUCCUGUACCGCCACCUUCUCGAAAAGGAGAGUCCAAGUCGCCAUCGUCCAGUUCACCGUGAAGGGGUCGCUGAUGUUCCAGUUGAGAAGCUCUAUGCACGUAACGAUACCAGCUUCUGUGGUCGUCAUUGUCGUCCUUCUGGCCGCUGUCAUUGCAGUUUGCCUCCGGAGGAAAUGCAAGAGACAAACUGAAAACUUUUCAAGCCCCCCUCCUCGACCAGAGAAAAGAAGCCCAGUGGGGGGACGGGUGAAGUGGACUCGAUAAAGGAGAACGACGUCAUCCUGGGACCUCAUCACUGGCAGUCUAAUAAUGUACUACCGACCUAGUCGAGAAAAACCUUCAACCACCCACAAAUUAACAUUGAGACAUGACACGUGAUCGACCAUCACAUUGCUAUUUUGGUUGUUUAUGAUAUUCAGACAGGGGUGUUGCACAAAACUCUUGGUGCCAUACAAAAUCAGUCUCUGUUGGCUCUCUUCCUCUCUUGAUCCAUGUCUCUCCACAUUUUAAUUCUUAUUUACAAUUAAUUGGGCUAACACAAACACCUCGUCUCAGCAACAUCAGGAGAUGAAGAGGGACACUCUGUGGCUGUUUCUGAAAUUAAGGGCCAUGCCUCUCAUGUUAAGCUUAGCUAUGUAUUUUUCUUUAUUUGAUAGAUGUCUUUGUUAUAACAUUGUAGGUAUAAUGCUGAUGCAUUUAUGAUAUUGAUAAAUCAGGAUAUUCAAUCCAAUUAUGCUCCAAGCUAGAUCCCCUGCUGACUGCCUUCAAUCUAAACUGUUGUAAUAAGCUUAAGCCAUUCUCAAUCGAUGACUCUUAAACCGUUGUGCUCACCCAUCUUUUGAAAGAAUUCAGUUAUGAGUUGUUCUCCCUCAACUUGCAUUUUGUGGACCUUGAUUUCCUUUUCUUGGGGAAAGACAUGACUAUUGUGUUGCAAAAUAGCGCUCACUCAUCCCGCGACUAGCUGCGUUAGUUUUUGGGCAUCCUCGCAGCUCAGUGGUGUGAUAAUCCAUUUGGUGCCUUCUGUAAGUGUAAAGUGAGCCUCCACCAUUUUGUUUUAUAACCAACUCAAAGGUUUUAUUCAGCCAAUUUAAAAUUACAUUACUUUGAAACAGAAUAUUGCAAACAAAGAAAAACAUUAUCACCCUAUGCUUUGAGGGAUCUGGGUGUGUAUAUACGUUUCUUGUAAUAAUUUUUAUAUAUUUUAUAUCUAUAAUAGGGUUGUUUUCUUCCUUAGUUUCUCAGUGAUUCAUGUUUGGUUGGAUAAUUGUGUUUCUGCCUUCUUACACCCUUUAAAUGCAGGUUUUCAAACACUCCACACCCAUCUUAUUUUCUUAAAAUCAGUAAAGUGUACAAACUUAGUUUUGUGAUUUCAAUUAGUUUUCAGAAGGUUGUUUUUUCAUUCAACGCUGGACCAUUAAAGCUACCCCCUAGUAAAUCAGUCUCUGCUCUUUGACUUGGUCUUAACUGCAAUCCUUUAAUUAACCUUGACAAGGAUGUAGCCUAAACAAAUGGACAAUAGCAUCAAUACCAUUCUCUUCAACAAGAAACAAACUCUAAUGAAAAAUCGUGAAAUAUAAAAUGAGGUCACAAGUGCAGGCUGGAGAUGUAUUUCUUGCAUUUAACCUGUAGGGGUCUGUAUGCGGGUUUUGCACCGCCCAGGUAAUAAAAGGCCAGGUGUGUGUUUGUCAGACACUGAAUGUCAAGGGAAGAGGCCGAGGUUUAAAAAAGUCUUUAGAUUGCGCGCUUAUUAAGUCUAGUUCUUUGUUAUUUAAGUUUACUCGUUACCUAUAAAUGUUUUCUCGUUUCCUUGUAACAUUGUCUUAAUUAAGAAGACAGUUUGGUUCUUUUUUGUAUGGUAAAAUAAACGCAAUCAUUUAUUAAA